AUAAUUAAUUUAAAAUUAAAUUUAAAAACCAAAAAAUUGUGGAGCUUUCAGAUUCUCCGUUAUGAUCGAAGAUCGUUGUUCUAGGGUUUUGUGCUUGUAUUAAUUUUGAGGCCCUGUUUGGAUUUUGUCGCCGUUGAUUUCAAUUUUCUCUAUCUGAAAAGGGGGCGGAUCAAGAGGAAGAAUUUGAUGGUCCAGUUGAUGAAAUCAGGGAAUCUCUCUCUGGAGCCGGAUAUGGCGUCGCUUCGGGACAAGGCGCCGGUGAAGCUGGAGAUCGAGGACUCUCUUGAAGAGGAGCAUGCUCCGUUCUCCAAGCGAUCCAAAACGGCGACGACGUUUUCUCCGCAUGAAAGUAGUUGUUCCGAUGAUUUUCCCGUAGUGCCUUCACAAUACAAUCCGCUUGAUGAGCCUAGUCUUCUUGGUUUGCGGUUGAGGAAGAGCCCUUCCCUGUUGGAUCUAAUUCAAAUGAAGCUUUCUCAGUCGACUGCUGCUUCGAGCCAUGUGACCGAAUGUGAAAGCUUCAACUCUUCCAUAAAAAAGGAUAAUAUAGGCACUGCCAUUCCGGGCUCUAUCGACAAGCUUAAAGCGUCGAACUUUACUGCAUCGCUCCUAAGAAUUGGUGGUUGGGAGUAUCAAUCAAGAUAUGAAGGUGAUUUGGUGGCAAAAUGUUAUUUUGCUAAGCAUAAGCUUGUCUGGGAAAUUCUUGAAGGUGGGUUGAAGAGUAAAAUAGAAAUCCAGUGGUCUGAUAUUAUGGCCUUAAAGGCCAACUGCCCUGAUAAUGGACCUGGUAGUCUGAACGUGGUGUUGUCUAGGCAGCCCCUUUUCUUCCGGGAGACGAACCCUCAACCAAGAAAACACACAUUAUGGCAGGCAACUGCUGACUUUACCGAUGGCCAGGCUACUUUACACAGGCAACAUUUUCUGCAGUGUCCUCAAGGAUUGUUGAACAAACAUUUUGAAAAGCUAAUCCAGUGUGACAUGCGCCUUAACUUCUUAAGCCGACAACCAGAGAUAGUUUUGGAUUCACCAUAUUUCGAACGAAGGGUUUCUGUUUUUGAGGAUCCAGAACACCCAGCAGAAAAUAUUAAAAGAUCGAUUACAACAGAAUCUCCUCAGCAAUCAUCCUUGAAAAUAGAACAACAAGACUCUACUUGUUCAGCAGUAGAACAUCGUUCUCAAGAAGCUCCAUCACCUUGUUCAGGUGACAAUUUAUGAAUCUUCUUUUGUUAUUCAUUCUGUUUAAUUGA